CACCGCUUGGCCAUCUUUUCUUCUUCUUCCCGAGUCGACUUUAUUUGCUUUGCGAGCAUUGCAUUGUCGCUCGUUCUUCUCUACGCUCUCUACCCGAUAUACUAGUUUAUUGCUCUGUUUUUUAACCCCCCCCCCCCUUUUUGACUACCUCCGCAUCACGGCAGACAUCCAUCAUGAAGGGACUUAUUCUUGUCGGUGGCUUUGGCACUCGCCUUCGCCCUCUCACCCUGACGCUCCCCAAGCCUCUUGUCGAGUUCUGCAACAAGCCCAUGAUUGUGCACCAGAUCGAGGCCCUCGUUGCCGCCGGUGUUACUGAUAUCGUCCUCGCCGUCAACUACCGUCCUGAGAUUAUGGAAAAGUUCCUAGCAGAGUACGAGGCAAAAUACAACAUCAACAUUGAGUUUUCUGUCGAAUCAGAGCCCCUCGACACCGGCGGCCCUCUCAAGCUCGCUGAGAGCAUCCUUGCCAAGGACGAUUCCCCCUUCUUCGUUCUCAACUCCGACGUCAUCUGCGACUAUCCCUUCAAGGAGCUGCUGGAUUUCCACAAGAGCCACGGCGAUGAGGGUACCAUUGUGGUCACCAAGGUGGAGGAGCCCUCCAAGUAUGGUGUCGUUGUCCACAAGCCCAACCACCCCUCUCGCAUCGACCGCUUCGUCGAGAAGCCCGUCGAGUUCGUCGGCAACCGUAUCAAUGCCGGCAUGUACAUCUUCAACACCUCCGUCCUGAACCGCAUUGAGCUUCGUCCCACUUCGAUCGAGAAGGAGACCUUCCCCGCCAUGGUUGCUGACAACCAGCUGCACUCCUUCGACCUCGACGGUUUCUGGAUGGAUGUUGGACAGCCCAAGGAUUUCCUUAGCGGAACCUGCCUGUACCUGUCCUCUCUCACUAAGAAGGGAAGCAAGGAGCUCACUCCAGCCACCGAGUCCUACGUCCACGGAGGCAACGUGCUGAUUCACCCCACGGCCAAGAUCGGAAACAACUGCAGAAUAGGUCCCAACGUCACCAUUGGCCCCAACGUCGUCGUCGGCGACGGCGUUCGUCUGCAGCGAUGCGUCCUUUUGGCCUCUUCCAAGGUCAAGGACCACGCAUGGGUCAAGUCGACGAUUGUUGGCUGGAACAGCACCGUCGGCCGCUGGGCCCGUCUCGAGAACGUGACUGUUCUCGGUGACGAUGUUACCAUUGGCGACGAGAUCUACGUCAACGGUGGCAGCGUCCUGCCCCACAAGUCUAUCAAGGCCAACGUUGACAUUCCCGCCAUUAUUAUGUGAUUUAAUCAAUCAUCUCUGCGCUAUUUUUCUCCGGCUCGCAUCGCACCAUGCGACGCCCUUUAAAAAUUCUUGUUUUUAAACCUUCCACUUCGAAAUUCUGAUUCUUUGUUUUAUUCUGCGCCAUUUUACACCCCCAUACAUUCACCACUCCUCCAUUAUUUCUCAAAAGAUACCCUAUCGGUGGAGGGGAACCAGUCUUUGAGAGAGAAAACCAGGCAAUUUUUUUUUUAUUAAUUACCACUUCUUCUGGCAUCUUCUUUUUUUCUCUUUUACCCCCUUUUUAUUUUUCUUCUCAACUAUACUAUUUUAAAAAAGAUCGAGCCAUGGAUGUUUGUUCGCGUUAUGUUGAGCUCCAAGUAUAUGAGUUUGGCGUUCUCGGGGGAAUCGGUGGGCAAAGCAUCUUGGAGGGACUAAAGGUGUCUGGGAGGAUGGGAAAGAGCUACGAUGGACGAAGCGCUGAAGGCUUUGCAUGUAUGAAAAUAUGAUAGCGUAGCGAAUGAAAGCUGAAUUUUACGCUUAA